AUGGCGCAACAAAAUGAGGCAAAUAAGGAAGACAGAGACGAAAGUCAAAAAGAGGUUGAAAUCGGUGCGAAAUGUCGGGGACCUGGGCCGGCGAAAUAUCUUCUUCCUGGAACCAUUGGAGUUAAAGGCCAUGAUAUUCGCAAGCACCGAUGUCCCGCAUUUAGUUUUGGCCAACGACAUAAGGAAUUUUCGUCUAGCAUUAGUCCUGGUCCAAAGUACAUGUUCACCGCCUAUGUAACACGAAAUGGAAGGGAAGCAGCCCCAGCGUUUUCACUUUACAGUCGCACAACAGAUAAGGUCAACCUUUACACACCCGGCCCAGGACAAUACUCUCCAGAAAAAUUCCAUCCACCCCACGAACGAAGCGAGCCAAGCUUUACCUUUGGGAAACGUACCAAAAUAUUAUUUAAGGACCCCACCCCCUCACCAAAUUCCUACUCCCUCCCACCCCUCAUAGGACCAAAGGGUGUUAACAAGGCCUCAGCCCCGGCUUACUCGUUAAGCGGACGCUCUGCUAUUGGCGGAUUCAGUGAAGAUCUCAAAAAGACACCCGGCCCAGGAACUUACGAGGUAACUCAUCCUAAUACAAGCAGAAAGAGAAUGCCAGCAUACACUAUGAAUGGACGAAACUACAUGCCAACAGAUACAACAUUAAAACCAGGACCGGGACAACACAGCCCUGAAAAGGUUGUGUAUAACAAACCAACUGCACCAAAAUUCAGCUUUGGUAUACGACACAGUGAUUACAUGACUGUUCCCCUAUUAGCACGUGAUUAA